CAUGCACGCACAGCUCCUCUCGUGCAUUACAUUGUAACUACAUUUUUUACAGUCAACAUUGGGAAGACCUCUUGACUGCGACAACAACUCGUGCGUGUGCAGAAAGCUACAGAAACCAUGUCGACAGUCUUCUCUUUCCAGACACAGCUCGUGUCCAUCAUGGACGCGUUAUCCAAAACAGCUGUGCUGGAAAUAAGCAAACUGGUCGAGAUCGAGUCGAAGAUGCUUAAAAUUGAGAUAACUCGAGGGCGGAACGAAAUCGCCUCCCUGACAGAGAAACUGCAGCUGAUGGAGAAACUGCUGUUUAUCGCGCAGGGAGGCCGGCAGGACGCAGCAGCAGCAGCAUGCGCAGCGGUGAGGGACGGUUCAGAGGACGGGAUACUGGAGCCUGACAGGGCAAGACCUGUCAUAAAAAGUGAAAGUCCAUGGGAGAGCAUAAGUUCCUCCACCGAGUGGCAUCAUCAUCAAGGUGAAGAGCAUGCCAUAGCUGAACUCUCAAACUCUCAGAAAGAGCAGCCUGAACUGAUAGUGGUGAAGGAAGAGCCGCCAGAGGUGGACAACACAGACUGUGAACAAGAUAGGACAAGUGAAAACAGAAGGGAAGCUUUCACAGACAAGCAGGAGAGUCCAGAAGUGAUGCAGCGUCCCAAAGGGGUCGCAGAGCGUCAGCAGCCUCUCUUCACCGACAGCUUUGUGACCAUGAGCACCCAGUCGUCUCUCGCUGGACCAGGCAGGAGAGAAACACAGUGGAAUCCGCAGCUUACACCUGCACACACAACCCUAGUGGCUGGGAAAAGCUUGGCUCAAAAUGUUGCCUCUCAAAGCUUAAGUGUGCUCAGGAAUAUGAAGCUACACAACUUGAGGAACUCGGGUGCCAAGAGGUUUGGCUGCUUGCAGUGCGGCAAGAGCUUCAGGUGCUUCAGCCAGCUUGAAAUACACCAGAGGAGUCACACGGGAGAGAAACCGUUUAGGUGCACGCUGUGUGGAAAGAGAUAUGCACAGAAGGGGCAUUUGUACACACACCAGCGCACGCACACAGGGGAGAAGCCCUACCGCUGCCCUAUCUGUGGAAAGGGCUUCAUUCAGAAAUGUACUCUUGAUAUGCAUCAGCGCACGCACACAGGAGAAAAACCUUUUGUUUGUAUCAAAUGUGGCAAAGGCUUCACAAAGAACUGUAACCUGAAAAAACACCUUGCAGUACAUCUAGAUCCUAGUCUGAACAUGUACGGGAGUGAAUCUAGUGUGCCGACAUUUAGUGGGACCCUCCCUGUCGAGAUGAUGUGCGACACGACGAACCGAAGUUUUCGGGCGCAGCUAGCCGCCGUCCUGGACAAGCUAACGAAGGCGGCUGUGGUUGAAAUCGGAAACCUGGCUGAUGAAUGCUCCUCCGUCCUUCACACCGAGAUCUCCCUGCACAAGACGGAGAAUGAGGCGCUGAAGAAGAGGUGCUACCUACUGGAGGUCCAGCUGAGAGCAGCGAGGGAGGCGCAGACAUAUCCCGCACAUGUCAACAGCGUCAGCCGCAGACACCCUGCAGAACAGCAGCAGCCUGCUCCAGCUAUCGAGGGAGUUUUUGGGAAGGACUGGUGCAUGGAUCUGUGGAGAGACGAUAAACUCCCCCCUCAGAGAAAAGAGACAGUGGAGCCUGCUGCCAUGAUGAGCAUGGGGCCACAGGGGAUAGAUUUAAUGGAGAGAGAACCUGACCUCAUCUUUGUCAAAGAGGAGACGUAUGACGAUCAUCCGAUCGGUCAGCAGAUGAGGCUCACAGAUAACAGAAAAGUUGUUGGGAUUUUUGACGACAGCAACAUGCUUCAUAGGUCCGUCGAUGAACUGCAGCUUCACUCAGCGGAAUUAAACAACUUCCCCAUGACGGCUGACGCUCAAACACAACAACACACGCAGACAACAAUUAUGGACAAACUGAUAGAUGAUGCAACAAUAAGCACAAUGGUGGACAACACAAAUUCUUCCUCGGCCACCACAGAAUACUCCGACUACACCAACACUAUCCACAUGAACCCAACCAAAGAACUCACCGUCCAGCCGAGACCCAUGAAGACACCGAAACGCUUUGAAUGCUUAUUCUGCGGGAAAAUAUUCAACUAUUUAAGCAGCUUAAAAGUCCACAUACGGCGACACUCCGGUGAGAAGCCGUUCACCUGCUCGGUUUGCGGGAAGCGGUUUGCUCAGAAAACAUACCUGAAGCUGCACCAGCGCGUGCACUCCGGAGAGAAGCCUUACAGCUGUCCGGACUGCGGCAAAAGUUUCUCCCAGAAAAGCUCUCUGAACAUACAUCUUCGGACUCACACCGGCGAAAAGCCUUACAGCUGUGUGGAUUGUGGAAAAUGUUAUGCAUACAAGUACGGUUUAAAUCACCACCAGUGUUUCAACUGACAGACCAUAAUGAUCAGAAUUUCUACAAACGCGGUCAGCGUGCCAAUAUGUCUAUAGGAAACUCAAACGUGGAUGGAAAAUGUAGAUUUGAAACACCCCACCUAUAUUAAAGAAAGGCUUAUUUUACAGCCUUAUUGUUAAUGGUGCUGCUGUAAAAA